AUGAAUGAAAAUUCUGUGAAUGAUGGUGCUAUCAGACACAUACAGCCAUUUAAUGAGCUAUUUCCUCACGUCAACAAGGAGCAACAUGAAAACUCGCCACAAAAUCAAUCUAAUUCAGCGAAAUCUGUCAAUGUCGCUUACACAAAAAAGACACCAAUAACUCCAACAUACUUAGAUAACUCAUUUUGGUCAAGACAUCGAACUGCCAUAGGUGUGGGUGCAUUUUUUCUCUUUACAAUUCUAUCAAUAGCUACAAGUAUAUUAAUAUUUUGUCUGACUUCUUCAAAAGCAGAAGUCCAAAAGUGUCAAUUGAAUUUUACAAAAACAAUCAAAAAUCCAAUUGAAUAUAAUUCUGAUACUCAAUCUGUUGCUGUUGGCAAUUUCAACAAUGAUAAUGACAAGUGGUUAGAUAUCGUUGUUGCCAAUCGUGUUGUCGAUAGUAUAUCUGUAUUUCUUGAUUAUAAUAACGGCAUUUUUGAAAAUCACAUGAAAUAUUCGACUGGCUUAUAUUCUGCUCCAUACAUGGUGGCGGUUGGUGAUUUCAACAACAAUGAUCAGGCGGAUAUUGCUGUCGCAUAUUUUGGCACUAACAGUAUAGGUAUAUUCUUAGGAUUUGGAAAUGGUUCAUUUGCAAGCCAAAACAUAACCUCAACUGGUUCAUCUCGUCCAAUCUGGAUUCACUUAGCUGAUCUCGAUAAUGACACUUUUCUUGAUAUUGUUACUGUUAAUUAUGGCACCAACAGUAUAAGCAUAUUCUAUGGCUUUGGAAAUGGCAAUUUUUCGUAUCCGAUAACAUAUUCAACAGGCUAUGAUUCUUCGCCAUUCUCAGCCGUCAGUGGAGAUAUGAACAAUGACAAUCACUUAGAUCUUAUCAUUGCUAAUUAUGGUACAAACAAUAUAGGAAUACAUCUGGCAAACGGUAACAGAACUUACUUACAACAAAAGAUAUUGUCAACUGGUAUCAAUUCACAUCCAUAUUCGGUCAUCGUUGGCUAUUUUAACAAUGAUAAUAUGUUAGAUAUUGCCGUUGCUAAUUAUGGAAAUAACAAUAUUGCUGUACUUCUGGGUGACGGUAAUGCAACUUUUACCAGUCAAAUAACAUACUCGCUUAAUACUUCUCCAUAUUCUAUUGGUCUUGGCGAUUUCAACAAAGAUAAUCGACUUGAUUUAGUCGUCACUACUAAAGGUACUUAUAACAUAGGUAUAUUAUUAGGACUUGGGAACGGAACCUUUCUCGAUCCAGUAAUGAAUUCUACCGGAUCUUCCUCUUCAACUUCAGUUGCAGUAGCUGAUUUCAAUAAAGAUAAUCUACUAGACGUUAUUAUCACCAGCAAUGAUACUAACACCAUGAGUCUUCUAUUUGGUUAUGAUGAAGGCUUUCAAACGCAAAAAACGUAUUCAACUGGCUUUUUUCCAAAGUCUGUAGCUGUUGGUGAUAUCAAUAAUGAUGACCGAAUAGAUAUUAUUGUUGCUAAUUAUGGCGAUAAUACUACAAGUGUACUUUUCGGAUACGGCAAUGGAUCCUUUGCAAAUCAAGUCAUAUAUUCAACUGGCCCUUCACCAUGUUCCGUCGCUGUCAGGGAUUUGAACAACGACAAUCGACUGGAUAUCCUUGUUGCUAAUUAUGAUGACAAUACUAUAAGUGUGCUUCUCGGGUUUGGUAAUGGUUCUUUUGCACAUCAAAUCAAGCAUUCCACUGGCUCUCUUCCACGGUCUAUAGCUGUUGGUGAUAUCAACAAUGAUGAACGACUGGAUAUUGUUGUUGCUAAUUAUGGCGACAAUACUACGAGUGUACUUCUCGGAUACGGCAAUGGAUCCUUUGCAAAUCAAGUCAAAUAUUCAACUGGCCAUUUGCCAUACUCCGUCGCUGUUGGAGAUUCGAACAACGACGGUCGACUAGAUAUCCUUGUUGCUAAUUAUGAUGACAAUACUAUAAGUGUGCUUCUCGGACAUGGUAAUGGUUCUUUUGCAAAUCAAAUCAACUACUCAACUGGUCGUUGGCCAUCCUCUAUUGCUGUUGGGGAUUUCAAUAACGAUGCUCAGUUGGAUAUUGUCGUUACUAGUUUUUGGGACAACAAUGUAGGUAUAUUUCUAGGAUAUAACAAUGGCUCUUUCACAAAACAAGAAACAUAUUCAACUGGCUCCUAUCCAAUGUCUGUAGAUGUUGGUGAUUUCAACAAUGACACUCAAUUGGAUAUUGUCGUUGUUCUUUUUGCUGACAAUAAUGUAUGUUUACUGCGCGGAUUUGGUAAUGGGUCUUUCGCAAAUCAAAUAAAGUAUUCAAUCGGUUCGAGUUCAUCUUCCAUAGCUGCUGGUGACUUUAACAACGAUACUCGAUUGGAUAUCGUCGUUGUUCAUGAUGCUUACAGUAAUGUAGGUGUAUUGCUUCAUUAUGCGAAAGGAUUUUUAGGAAACGGAAUCAAAUUUACAUCUAAUAUUGCUUCCGACCUAGAAUAUGUUGCUGUCGUUGAUUUUAACAAUGACAAGAUUCUAGAUCUUGUUGUCGCUAAUUAUGGAACUGAUAAUAUAGGUACACUUCUUGGGUAUGGUGAUGGAUCGUUUUCAAGACAAAAAACAUUUUCAACAGGCCCAAAUUCAAAUCCAUAUUCAAUUGCCAUUGGUGAUUUCAAUAAAGACAAUCAACUGGAUUUGGCUGUAGCCAAUAAUGCUAUUAAGAACAUCGAUAUGUUUCUUGGAAAUGGAAAUGGAGCAUUUGCACAUCAAUCAACUUAUACGUCAAGCUUGAAAGUAGCUCCUUCAAUUGUCACUGCUGGCGAUUUCAACAAUGAUGGACAAUCAGAAAUUGUUUCGGCAUAUAACAAUAAUGAUAAUAUAGAUAUAUUUGUGGUAUUCGAUUCUGCCUUAUUUACAAAACAAUUUACGUAUUCAACUGGCUCUUCAUCAUAUUUUGUGGCUGCUGGCGAUUUCAACAACGAUAUUCACAUGGAUAUUGUCGUUGCUACUCCUGCUUCCAAGACUGUAAGUGUACUUCUCGGAUACGGCAAUGGGUCCUUUGCAAAUCAAAUCAAAUAUUCAACUGGCCCUUCACCAGCCUCCGUCGCUGUUGGGGAUUUCAACAAUGACGAUCGACUGGAUAUCCUUGUUGCUAAUGAUGGUGACGAUACUAUAAGUGUGCUUCUCGGACAUGGUAACGGAUCUUUUGCAAAUCAAAUCAAAUAUUCAACUGGCCGUUCGCCACAUUUCGUCGCUGUUGGGGAUUUGAACAACGACGAUCGACUGGAUAUCCUUGUUGCUAAUGAUGGUGACGAUACUAUAAGUGUGCUUCUCGGACAUGGUAACGGAUCUUUUGCAAAUCGAAUCGAACAUUCAACUAACAGUUCGUCACGCUGCGUCGUUGUUGGGGAUUUCAAUAACGAUGCUCGGUUGGAUAUUGUCGUUGCUUCUUCUUCUGUCAGCGGUGUAGGUAUAUUUCUCGGAUAUGGCAAUGGAUCUUUCUCAAAACAAGGAACAUAUUCAACUGGCUUCUUUCCAGUGUCUGUAGCUGUUGGUGAUUUCAACAACGACGGUCGACUGGAUAUCCUUGUUGCUAAUAACGGAGACGACACUGUGAGUGUCCUUUUCGGCUCUGGGAACGGAUCUUUUGCAAACUUAUACAAGUAUUCAACUGGAUCUGGUCCGAAUUCUGUAGCUGUUACUGAUUUCAACAACGACACUCAAUUGGAUUUCGUUGUUGCUAAUUGGUACGACAGCACUAUAAAUGUAUUUUCUGGUUACGCCAAUAAGAAUUUUAAAUACCUAACGACGCUCAUAACUGGUAACACGUCUCAUCCACGCGCAUUUGUCGUUGACGAUUUUAACAACGACACUCAUAUGGAUAUUGCUGUUCUGAAUUCAGGCACUAAUAAUAUUGGCAUUUUUCUUGGAUUUGGCAAUAAUUCUUUUGCAAAUCAAACAACAUAUUCCACUGGUUCUGUCCCAUGUUCUUUAGUUGUUGGUGAUUUAAACAACGAUAAUCGAUUAGAUAUUAUUGUUGCUAAUGCUAAUGAUAGUAGUAUCAGUGUGUUUCUGGGUUAUGGUAAUGGCUCUUUGGCAACUCAAACGACGUAUUCAAUUGAAAGUAAUUCUGAACCUUGUUCAGUUGCUAUUGGCGAUUUUAAUAAUGAUGCCGUACUAGACAUUAUUGUCGCUAAUCGCCUGGGAAAAAAUAUAGCUAUAUUUCUUGGGCAUGGCGAUGGUACUUUGAGAGUUUCAAAAGUAUACUUGCUCAAUUAUGAAUCCUUACCAUUCUCUGUUGUGGUUGGGGAUUUCAAUAAAGACAGAAAGCUGGAUUUUGCAGUCGCCAACUAUGGCACUAAUGAUUUAAACAUUUUUUUGCAAACUUGUUAA